AUGAAUAGCGCUUGUACCAUACCCAAGAAAAAGUAUUACUUAGAAUUUCAUAAAAACCAUGUAUCCGUUGUUAAUGUUGAAAACUUUAUUAAAUCAACAUUAAAAAUAACGUAUACGGAAGAGUUAAACUUAACAAAAGAGAAGGAAUAUAUUGAUAAAAACAUUCAUGAUGAAGAUGAAGAUGGAGAAGAUAAUCGAUUUUGGUUUUUUGGAUGCUUAGGAAUAAUUAAGGCAGAUAAUAUAAAUUUUUUAGUAAUUGUUUCGGAUGCCGAAAUUGUAUCUUAUCUAUUUAAUCAUGCAAUUUAUAGAAUUAAAAAAAUAUCAUUUAUUCAACUUAAUGAUGAAGAGAUAAACAAAAAUGGGUCAGGAAAUUAUGAGUAUGAGAUUUGUCGUUUAUGGAAUACUGGGAGAUUAACGAGAGUAUGUAAAAGUACUAAGGGAAUCAAUUGUAGUGGUAAUUAUAAUGGAUUUUAUACAAAAAGAAAUAAUAAAGUCGGACCAAGCAUGAGUAAUUCUUUUGCUAAACAAAAUGGUAUAUUUAUAGACAAUUCUGUUUCAGGAUAUAACAAUGAAUCUUAUAUACAUAAAUUUAAAAACAGUAACUUAAAAAGAGGAAUUUUAGAUACUUUAAAUUAUUUUUUCAGCGCUUUUAAUAAAGGCCCAUUUUAUUUUUCUUAUUACUACAAUUUAACAGUGUCUUUACAAACAAAUUAUAUUUAUGAGUCAAAAAAUGGAAGUAAUGUCGAUACAAAAGUGAAAAGUAUGGCUAAGAAUUAUAUGAGUCAUAACGAUAAAGAUUGUAAAGAAGUUUUAGUUUUUGAAAAACUUCGUUUUGAUGAAAUAAAUCCAGAAUAUGCAUGGAAUUGGAAAAUCUUAGAUAGCUUUAUAAAAGUUAAUGGAUAUGCUUUUGUUAUAUUUCCGAUACAUGGAUAUGUCAAUUCAAUUGUUAUGGAAAUUGAAAAGUUGGAAAGUGAAACAUGUAAUGAUGUAAAUAAAAUACACCUGCUAUUAAUAUCUAGAAAAAAUAAGAACCGAGGGGGAGUGCGAUUUUGGUGUCGAGGCGGGAAUGAAAAAGGGGAAGUAGCAAAUUUUGUUGAAACGGAACAAGUAGUAAUUUGUAAAGAUUUAAAGAAUACACAUAUUUUUAGUUACAUAAUAAUAAGAGGAUCUAUACCAGUUAUAUGGUCUCAAGAACCAGGAUUAAACUUAAGACCAAAAAUAAAUAUAUGUUAUGAUAUGGAUAGAAAUAUAAAAACAAUAAAUUUACAUAUGCAAAAAUUAAAAAAUAAAUAUGGUAAAGUACAUAUUACAAAUUUAAUAAAUAAAAGAUUUAAAGAAAAAGAUUUAGGAGAACAUUUUGAAAAAUGUUUAAAAGAAUGUAAAACUGAUUAUAGUUAUAUUUGGUUUGAUUUUAAUAAUGAACUUGCAAAUUUAAAUUAUGAAAAAUUUCAAACUUCAUUAAAAUUGAUUAUUAAUGAUAUAACAAAUUAUUCAUACUUUUUUAUUACAAUCCCUAAUGAUAAAAAAUAUAAUUUAGAGCAUGGAGCAGUUUAUAAAUCAUGGUCAUCAAUUAAAUUUAAUAAUUUUCAAAAUGGAGUAUUCCGAGUAAAUUGUAUUGAUUGUUUAGAUAGAACAAAUGUUUUUCAAAGUUUUUUAUCAAAAUGUGUUUUAUUUUUACAAUUAAAAAAUAUAAAUAUAAAUAUAGAUCAAAGAAAUUACUUCCCUUUUUACUUUUUUAAAAAUAAAUACCAUGAAAUGCUAUAUAGAAAGAAUUGGAUAAAUAAUGCAAAUGCUAUAAGUAUAAUAUAUAGUGGAUCUGGUGCAUUAAAAAAUGAUAUUACACAAAAUGGAAAAAGAACUAUUUGUGGACUUUUUCAAGAUCUAUAUAAUGCUAUCUCAAGAUAUAUUAAUAACAAUUUUAGAGAUGGAUAUAAUAAUGAUUGUAUAAAUAUAAUAACAAAUGAAAAUAUUCAUUUUCAUGAUUUAUUUAAUAAAAAAUUUAAAUAUAAUCAAAUAUUGAAUGUAAUAUUUGAAUUUAUUGUUAUUUUUUCAACUUCUAUAUGUACUAAUCCAAUACAAAAUUUUUUAAGAAGCUUAUAUUUUUUUUCACAUAGUAUUACACAUUCUACUAUGUCACAAGGUAUUAAUUAUAUGUUACUUAUUUUAAAUAAGAAUCCACAUUUAUUUAUAUUCCCUUUUAAGCAAGUACAAUAUAUUCGUCUCAUAUCUAUUAUAUCUCAAGCCUCUGGAGUUUUUUUUACCUCUUUUUUUGUUUUUCUAUUUUUCUGUUUUUAUGUUUUUACACAAAGACGUCGAGUUAUUUCAUUUCCAAAGUUUGAGUCACAAUAA